AUGCAACCUUUGCCAUACAAUUCUUCGGUAUAUCCUGCUCUUUUGUCAGAAGUAGCUAAGGUCUUUAAGGAAGUCAUUAUCUUGACCAUAAACACCAAAGAUGGUUUGGAGUACCACGACACUUUUACUGGUAAAAUGUCGGUGGAUAUCAUCUGUAGAAUUAUCCGUACCAGUGACAGAAACUUGGCUUUGUUAUUGGGAAGAUCGUUGGAUGCACAAAAGUUCUUUCAUGAUGUUACUUAUAAUCACAGAUUGAGAGACUCUGUCCACGAAGUAUAUGCUUUCAGUCACAUUUAUAGUGACGAGGCUUCUGCUUCACAACAAACUGGCGUCAACGGUGUUUUCACCAUUUUGACCGACUGUUACUCGCCUACUUGUACGAGAAACAGGUUGUGUUACAGUAUUGCUUGUCCACGUAGAUUGGAGCAACAAGCACGUCUCAAUAUGAAGCCACAGGGCGGAUUGAAGAGGGCUGUUUCUAGAUUGUCUUUGCAUGAAAAGGAAGAAACCAAGACAUUAUGGCACGAAACAGUUCCACAAUCGAUCUUGGAUAAAUUGGACAAGCAAGAAAAGAUGAGACAAGAGUUAAUCUACGAAUUCAUCUACACCGAAAGAGACUAUGUCAAGGAUCUUGAAUUCAUGACCGAUUUCUAUAUCAUGCCAUUGCGAAACCCUGCCAACAAUAUCAUUCCUGAAAACCAGCGUGAAACGUUUAUCCACACUGUUUUUGGAGGAGUUGGCGACCUCUUAAGAUUGGCUAAGAAUAUGAGUGAAGCUUUAACCAGACGUCAACAACAGCAGAAGCCUGUUGUCGAAACGUUGGGUGAUGUGUUCUUAGACUAUGUUGGCAACUUUGAGCCGUUUAUUAGGUAUUCUGGUAACAAGGUAUUUGCCAGUUUCGAGCAUGAGAGACAACAACAGGUCAACAUGAGAUACGCCCGCUUUUUGGAUGCAAUCGAAAAGAAACCCGAGUCCAGAAAACAGGACUUAUCUUCUUUCUUGAUCAAGGGAGUCCAGAGACCUGCCAGAUAUCAGUUGUUGUUGGGCGGUAUCUUGAAGAAUACAAAACCAGAGUCGCCUGACUAUAAGAAUCUCGUCAAGGCCAAAGAAGAGAUCGAGAGGGUUUUAGGCAAGAUCAACAUCCAGACGGGUGAAAGCACUGACAGACACAAGAUCAUGGUGUUGCAUAGAUUGUUAGGAAAACAAACGUUAGAAACGAAGUACAACUUCAAGUUAUCCUACAAUCACCGGAUUAUCUAUCAGGUUACGUUAAGCAGAAAGAGAGAUAACGAAAAAAUUGACUUGUAUCUUUUCGAGCAUGCUCUUUUAUUGGUGAAACACAAGAUACAGAACAAGAGAGAACAGCAUAAGGUGUUUGAAAAGCCUCUUUAUCUCCCCUUAUUAUAUGCCAAUAGUGGCUAUGAUGUUCCUACCAUCAGAUCGGUGAUAAGCCAUAGAUACAGAGGGUCUGUUAUAUCUGAUACUGGCUUGAAAAACAGAGCAGAAAGCACCACGUACAUUGGUACUACGUUGAACUCCAAUUCUACCAACAAGUUCCAGUUGAACAUCUUGGGAUUGGGAAGUAACCAGGUCCACGCUACGUUGUUUGCAGAUGAGUUAUCAGUGCAGAAUCAAGUCUUGCAGCAAAUCUACAACCAACAGAAGAAGCUCAUUGAAGAAAAUGAUUUGUUCUCGUUGUCCAAAUAUGAAACAAGAAGGUUCCAUGGCAACAAUAAGAUCAACUGUGCUGUUCCCUGUUACGGAGGGAAAAAGUUGUUGUAUGGUACAGAUUCUGGAGUGUGGGUAUCUACUGUUCGUUCCAUCAGCGCUACUUCUAACGAAAAGAUCUGUUCAGAUCCAACGUUAGUUAUCAGCAAGAUGUACGUAACUCAGAUUGAGGUUGUGGUGGAGUACUCCAAGAUCUUGAUCUUAAGCGACAAGACUUUAUACGAGUUUGAUUUGUCGUGUACAGAUUCUUUGGACCACCAAAAGAACACCAAGUCUGGCAAAAUGAUCUUGAACCACGUCUCGUUCUUCAAGAUUGGUAUAUGUGACGGAAGAUUGUUGGUAUGUGCCGCAAAGACUGGAAGCACCCACUCCAUCAGUAUCUUUGAGCCUGCCAAUCCGUUUGACAAGAAUAACCAGAGAAAUAAGAACAAGAAGUACGAUAUUCAGGAAGUGACUUUUUCGUCUGAUCCUAUAUCGAUUUCGUUCUUGAAGACAAUGCUCUGUGUUGGUUGUACCAAGGGCUUUGAGAGUUUGUCAUUGGAGAAGGGAAUGAAGGAAUCGAUUCUUGACGAAGCUGAUCCUUCAUUGGAUUUCGCUAUACAAAGAGAAACAGUAACUCCGUUGGCUAUCCACAGAUUGGGCAGAAGCGACUUCUUGUUGUGUUAUGCUGAAUUCGUAUUCUUGAUCAACAAGAAUGGGUGGAGAACGAACCACUAUUGGGAUAUCUACUGGGAAGGUAAUCCACAGAAUGUAGCGUUGUUCUUUCCCUACUUGUUGUCGUUUGAGCCUGGCUUCAUAGAAAUCAGAGACUUAAACUCCACCAAAUUGUUGAGAGCGUUGGUUGGCGACAACAUCCGGUUCCUUCAUUCCAACGAGCAUGAAGCGUUGUAUGCCUGCUCCGAGAAUGGCUACGACAUCAUUGUGUCUAUUGACUUCUUGAACUUGAAGCCACGGACCGCAUAA